ACUCCAGCUCAGCCGUCGGAGCCGCCAAGAGCCCCACCGAUCUUGCGGUCAGGACUGCCUUCCCGGGUGAUGGCGGUAGGAUCUACAAGUGGCGGCUCUGCUGAACGGAAGGCAGAUACACUCGUGCGCAAUGACGAAGGAUCUCAUGUCGCCUUGACAACACAGGAUGACGAGAGCGGAUUGAGCGACGGUGGUGUACUCAAGGAGCCAAUCAAGCUCCCCGCGCCUUGGUUUAUCUACGCCUUUCUUAUCGCUGGCAUUUUCACUUGUCUGGUCACCUGCACAGGUUUGAUUGGCGCAGAGACAAACAGCGGCUGCUGCUUGUCCUGUUAUUCUCUUGGUUUGGCGGUUCUCUUAAUGAGCCAGGCAACUUUGUCGGCGGUGAUCUUCUUGGACGACAGCUGGCAGCGAGACUUCCCUGCUGAUCCCACAGGCGAGGAGGCGAAGGCGAAGGCUUUUAUUGAGACUCAUCUCCUCGUGUGCAAAUGGGCUGCCGUUGCUGUGCUGGCCAUCGAGAUCGUCGGUCUUCUGCUUGCCCUGACACUGAAGGCGAUGCAGGAUGGAAGCCGCCGUGGAUACGACAGCGAUGAGGAGUAUAGGGUGGAGACGAGGGCAAUUCGUCAGCCACUGCUCCCACGUUCGCAGCAGAGUAAUCUAGGCACGCAAGUGGCGCCGGCGGGAAGCCAACCACCACAGAGGACGGACGCGUGGACAACUCGCAUGCGAGAGAAGUAUGGGCUUGAUGUGGCAGAUUUCACAUACAACCCAGCAGUGGGGAGGAGGUACAGUCAACAGCCGCAAUCCAUAGCCCAAGAUGAAGGUGAGAGUAGGGGUACAUGUACAAUUAUGUGAUGAUUGAAGGAGGCGAGGAAAGAGGGGUGAAUAGGGGUGAUGGGGGUCUGUCUGUCCAGGGAGAGGAGGAGGUCGUUCGCAGUCAAGACAAGGGAGCUGGGGUCCUUGUCAUACGACCGCCUCCCUCUCUCUCCUCUCCUCCCCCCUCCCCCCUCCCCAUCGCUCGCACUCUUCUGCGUAGGGUAUGGGGUUUGAGAGGGUGGAUCGGUAGUUUGCUUGACCUCAGUAUGGAGAGCCGGGGCUUUUCUCAUUUUCUGCAAAGAAUUGGGGGAGGACGGGGGUGAGGAAGGAGUUAGCCUUCUUCCUGUCCUCCGACGAAUUGGCGGAGGGGGCGAGGAAUUAUGGAUAUCUGUCAGCGGGGCUUACUGCAGGGGGUCUCUUUCGGGGCUUUCUUCGGGGGAAGGAGUUGAUUGAUGUGCGAGUGUUGGGGCCGAUGCGCGGUCGGGGUGCGCAGCCAACAUCAUAUGAAGUGGUUUGAUUGGCUCUUAGAGUCUAGAAUAUGUCUGUAAUUAUCACUGAUUAAAUUAGCUAUAUAGGAGGGGCUUCAUCGUAAUGUGCUGUCGUUGAGCUGAGACUAGAUUGUGUGUGUGGAUUUGUUGGGAAAGAUUUACUGUUUUCCCUUUUUUUUUUUUUUUUUUUUCUGUUCCCGUUGUUUACGAUCCAUAUCGGGUCAUUUUACGAGAGGAGAUAACAGAAGUAGUGUAUUGAUUGACGGAAAGUUGGCUGAGCACGCCUGUGUUGGUGGUGGAAAUAAGGUCUAUGAUUGGCGGGUAAUGUUUGAGCAGUCUUUGCUCAGCCCUCCCGUCGAAUCCAAGGAGUUGCGUUGUUGACACAUGCAUGGAGGGAGAGGGGAGAGGUGGUUGGUAGGGAUUACAAGUCACCGGUGGAAACGACGAAAUUGCUACGGGAAAUUGGAUUACGCUUGUCCUUGUGUCCUGUUGUCUCUUAUUCUUUGUCUAAUUGGCUUUUUCUGAUUCUGUAGAGUACCGAAAUAACAACAUUGAGUGAGUGCGCGCCGCAAGUCCUCAGGUUCUAUUCCCAUCCGUUCCAGUGAGGCUUGCGAGGCAGUUGUGAUCUCGGGAGCAGACACGUGGAGCGGCGAACAAAGGCCGAGUGACAGGCAUCUGAUAAGCAUCUGAUCUGGGGAGAGAAGGUCUUGAGGGAGGUGCGCGGUAGGAUGUUGAGGGAAGAGAAGGAAUCGGGGCCUAGGUGAGGGGAUCUGGUAGGUGGGUCCGAGAAGAGAAAUGAUCCUGUUCUUUCUGAUAGCGGGCGUCAUGUUUCUCUUUAUGUGAGGUAUAUCGUGGCCUUUUGCUCUCCGGUGAGUCCUGCAUUGUGUGGGUAAGGUGCGUUCUCGAUGAUGCAUCACGUCAGCUAUCAUAGAUAUGUGUGUUAGUGUGCGCGUGUGUAUGUGUGUGUUGUCAUGUGGGCUAUACACAACUGCACAAAAGAAGCAUGACUACUGUGCCUGACUGUCUCGUCGGACUUCCACCGACUCAUCAGGAGUUCAAACCUCGACAGUCUGCUCAGGAUGCAUGUGACUGAUUGAUAAGGUGUGUGUGUGUGUGUGUGUGUGUGAGAGAGAGAGAGAGAGAGAGAGAGAGAGAGAGAGAGAGAGAGAGAGAGAGAGAGAGAGAGAGAGAGGUACUAGUCAUUUAUUGAAGGCUGAAAUGGAUCGGGCAGGUAGACCGUGUGGGCAAACACGUGGCUUUCUACACCGUCUUGGAGGAUUCAAUGAUGGGGAAAGGGGAGAAAAAGUCAAUGUAUCUCUUUUUUUUCGGUCUUUUUCGUUACGAGAAACGUCCGAGUUUAUGUAACUAAAUACCGUGUGGACAAACACGUGGCUUUCUACACCGUCUUGGAGGAUUCAAUGAUGGGGAAAGGGGAGAAAAACUGCAUGUAUUCCUUUUUUUUAGUUCUUUUUCGUUAUGAGAAACGUCCGAGUUUCUGUAACUAAAUACAUCGCACAUC